AUGCGAACCGAGCGAACAAUAGGAACAAGGGGAAAGGAAAACUCCCGAACGGAGGUAAGUAAACUCACGGCAACAGCAGAGAUGAAAGGACGGACAGCCGACCGGAGCAGAGCCCCAGCAACGACUGCGGAGGAGACGAAAACGUCGGGGGAAACGGCAGGUCAGGCAAGGAGAACCGCAAGGGAAGCAAAAGGUGGCCGGAAACAUGUGAGUUGCUAA